UCCGCGACGCGAACUUUCACCCGGACGACCCGGUCCCGCGCAUGUCGCGGCGCCACUUACAAAGUUGUCGCGCGUGUAAGUGAGGCAGAAAAGAAGAGAACGUUCUCUCUCUUCCUUUUCUUUGCGAUUAUUGUGCGGAAGAAUAUACGACGAUAAGUCGACGCGACGUCGACGCGGCUCAGAAGUGUGCAAUUGACUCUGGAAUUUGGGGGGACGUUAAUCCUUUAGGACUUUGGUCUCGACGGCGAAACACGGGAGAUCGUCAGUGCAGUUUGCAGGAGGAGAUGGAAAUUAAUUCCAACUGGAAUUUACACGUUUCUUUGGAUUAAUUGUCGCGCUCGCGCGCGCGCGCGCGCGCCCAACAACAAUGCCUCUUCCUCGUGGACGGUGGCGUACGGAUGAAUCGAAAUUGCAUCGCGUCGAACGCCGGCGUUGAUUUUAUCUAUACCGAUCACACCCCUACGGGCAAAUUCGCAUGCACGCGAAUGGAAAAACUGUUUGGAAAAAUACAAGCUGUGGGCGACAACGAGCGGCGCUAUCUCUAAUUUUAAUUUCAUCGGCCGCUGCCGCCGACGCCGGUAUAUAAACCGCAUUCGCGUUUUCGGUCGCUCGAUCGCGCGAUGAAACCAGCCGGCCGGAAGAGUUUCGAUGCUGUCCCCGGAAUUGCGGCGAGCCGCUCUUAACCCGGAUCGGGUCGCGAAGGAAGAAGAGAAUUGUCGGCAAGAUCGCCGUCAAUCGCCGAAGAGGCUGGGUGAUAAUUACGAGUCGAAUCCAUGGACCAGAAAGUGCGCGAGCGCCGUCGAGCGAUGGAUUUUGUGUUGCUGCUGCUCGUGAUGCUGCUGAGGCAAGAGGUCGCUGCUCUGAAGAUACUUAAAAUAAAUGUCCCGGCGUACAUCCUCAGAGGCAAGACAGCGCUUCUAGAAUGCAGAUACGAUCCGGGAGCAGACAUUCUCUAUGCCAUUACAUGGUAUAAGGACCACGAGGUAUUCUACAAAUAUCUACUACGAUCAAAAGAAGGCCACACCUAUCUUGUCAAUGGUGUUAAAGUUGACAAAGAACAGUCGAAUGACCAGAUUGUAGUAUUGCAAAAUGCGAGCCUUCACGCAAGCGGCAAAUACAAGUGCGAAAUUAAUGCAGAGGCGCCGAACUUUAGCUCAGUUAGCGCCGACGCGGACAUGGAAGUCAUAGCGAUAUCUCAGGAAAGCCCAUCGAUAACGGGAGAGGAAAAGGUGUACGCGAGUGGCGAUGUGCUCGCACUGAAUUGCACCAGCGGCAAGUCCAAUCCUGCCGCGCAACUUAAAUGGUUCGUUAAUGGCGAGCAGGUGAAAUCCGGUUCGGAAAUUGUGUCCGAGCAACACGGACUGUACUCAACGAUAUCGAGUCUGGAGCUCGAGUUAGAGCCGGGUCAUCUCGCAAGCGACAAGAUAAACGUCAGGUGCGAGGCGACGGUGCGAUCGAGUCACGACAUCGACAACCCGUUCGUCGACACGCGCAAAACCGAGGUCUUUGUUCGAGGUCUAGCCACCCUGACGACACCUUCGCUAUGUCUGGCACUGGCGGCAACGGUCCUGCAACGAUUUCUGCUGCCCGUGUAGAUCCUCUGAUGAGGGGGUCGAGAUGAUUCUAACAUGAGAAGAAACAGGAAGAGAAAGCGGUUGACGGGAAAAACAAAAGGCGAGAGGCAACAAAAGUUUCGUGAUGAAAGACAAUCAUAUCUUAAUACGAAGCGAACUGCGACGAGAAAAAUCGGAGGAUGUAUUAGUCAGAUUUAUCAAUCGUUAUUGUAACAUCAAACAGUCCUCGUGAUUUUUUUCACGUCGCGGCGCCUUCUCGGCGUUAGACCGGAGAGUAUCGAGUUGAAGACGAGAUUUGUUCGAGAGUAUCUUGUGCCCAUAUCUCCCCGACACACAUAAUCUUAGAUAGUUAAAUUAAUCGCGGAAGAAAGUACGCGAUAUAUAUAGUCAAAUGGACACAUCCACCAAGUUCUCGCACGUACGAGAAAUUUCUCGUCGGCGAGCGUCGAUUUCGUUGGAAUCGAUAUCUGCGUCAUGACUCAUGAAAUAGAUUCAAAUCAGUCGCAUUCGGGGAUUCAAACUUUCGAUAAUGUGAAGAAACUUUCCCAACUUUUCAUUUUAGUGAUAUACUUAAAGAAUAAACUUUUCCUUCUGCAGUCGUAAAAUAAAUUUUAAAUUAAAUUUAUCAAAUUAUAAAAAUACAUUUAAUAGAACGUAAUAUGAUUAACGAAACUAGAAGACCUUUUUGUUUUCUUUGUGAAUUUGAAAUCUAGAAAUUUGUAUUUUUUACGGUUUAUUUUAAUAGUUUAAAGAAAGAAGAGGUGCAGUCAAUCGGAAUUAUAGAGGAGAAAUGAGAUUUUGCGUCGAAAGAGAAGAAGAAGAAUAAAUAUAUUUACUGUUUCGUACAGAAAUAUAACAUUAGAGAAUGAGAAUUUAAAAAGGUGAAAUAAAAGAGAAUAUAACGAGCUAUAGAAAUGCAUUCGGCAGUAUAAAUAAUGACGUAUAUUGAUUCCCAUGUGCAAUUUUUAUUAUGGUGCAACGCCUUUGACAUCUUCAAUAUUUUUUAAGCGAAAAAAUAAGUAUGCAAAUUCUAAGUUUUGUGUUUUUUUUCUCACGCUUAUAUUUGUUAGAAACCGUAAUCGAAAGAAUAAUCUGAAUAAAAAUACAGAAAUAACAAUGUAUACGAAAAAAAUAUCUCGGGGAAGUAGCUUUAAAAACAAAAUAUUAUUAUAUGCAAAUUGUUUUGUAAUGUAAAUUCAUAAAAUCGUAACUAUUUGUUGAAAAAGAAACGUCGAGGAUGUUGCACCGCAAAAUUCGAGAAUCCUCUCGACGUGAUAUCGUUGUCAGUGAUAAUGGGCGCAGCAAUUGUCGUCGCGAUGCAAUCAUUAUCGAUUGUAUCGUGCAACGACCGAAUGUAAAUAUAUACAAUCCUUAGAUAGACACGUUUUCAUCGAGCCCCGUCGUAAGCUUCCUUCAUUAUAAUUAUAACUUUUAAUUGGUACGUGUGUGAUUAAUAAGAAGCCAAGAAGAAACUCGAAUAUUCAAUAUUGCAUAGACGCGCUCCCUCUCUCCUUUUACGUACGAUAAUACAAUAUUACGCUCAGAAACCCGCUUAAGUGGAUAAACGCGACAAAAAGUAUUUUGCUACUAGGGUAAACCCUAAUGCUGGACAAAAUCGUAUUUAUGCGAGAUUUGGAAAAUAUGAUAAGCCUUGAAAAAAAUGUUAAUAGGCAUUUCUCAAGAAUUAUUAAAAUUCAUAAAUUAUGUAAAAUUGAAAUUUGAGGAAUUUGGAGAAUAUCAAGAUUCGAUAAAUUUAUAAAAUAAAAAGGAAAAUGAUUAUAUAUAUUUUAAAAAUUAUUUAAUUAUUUUAUAUUCAAUUUACUGAUAAGGAUAAUAAUUUCUUGGAUAUUUUCUUACUAUAACUAUAAUUUAAUUUAAAUAUAUAAUUUCAUUACAUUGUCCUCAUCACAAAUUUAUAAUAUUGACAAAUUUAUUUAAAACAAAUUGAAAAUGUGAUUUUUACAUCAAUCAUCGCCCUAUGAGAAGUUAAGAAGUCUAUCGGCCUAUUGUUUACCCUGUGCAUUUGAUACCUACGAAAUCGUGCAGAAAAUGCAAAACGAACACGAGAGCUGUAACGAGAGCUGCGUGAAGUGUUUAUUUUUUUGUUAUGUAAACACAUAUACACACGGAACGGUAGCGGCCGCCAUCAGCGAUCGCGAACGAUCGGAAAAUAUGAUUCAUGCGCGUAAGCCGAUUAAUUUGCAAAGUUCAACGUACACACAGCUGACGUGGAUAUUUAUACAGGACUCUACGUGGAAAUGCGUGCGUUAUUUUUUCACCCGAGAUUAAUAGUUGUUACAUUUCCGCAUCCCGAGGGUGCGUGCUACGGUAUGUUUUUGCGUGUCUCGCAUGUGUAGUCGUGUGUCGCCACGAUCGAUGGAUCGACAUCGCGUGUGUCGUAUAAAUAUAAUAUCAUAUCACGCCAGGUUCUCGCAAGGAACGCGAGCACCAACAGAAAGAAAUUCCUCGCCUGGAUUCAAAGGACAUCGAUGUUUCAACGAAGCGUUUGAAAAAAUGGACGUUAAUUCUCACGAUAAAUUCAGGUGAAAGAAUAUUCAUAUACAAGAGAUUAUACGAUUAAGAAAAUUAAAGUUUACUCAGACUUAUUUGAUAAAAUAUUCAAAUAUCUUUAAAUAUUUUUGCGAGAGAUAGAAACUUCCGCCAUGUGCUUAAUCGUAUAUAAUUUUUCAUAACGCAUAGAAUCCGUUUAUAAUAGCACGCAAAACCAUUUUUAAUAUUAAAUAUUUUAAUGCGUAAUUUAUUUCUACUUUCAAUUUAAUUUUUUAGCUUUUUUAUCAAAAUUUGCAUGCAAUUUCUUAGAUAUAUAUUAAAUAUUUUAGAAGAGAUUUAGAUUUAUAGCGAUACAAAAGUAUCAUUGUCCCAUAUGCAGAAAGGACAUUACCUUAUUCACUUUGUUUCGUUUUCUUUCGACGAGCAUUUUUAUCGACAACAACGCGUAACAAAUACGACAGUUAAGCUCUUCCAGUUUCACGCUUCCCCUUUCAGAACCGAUGGCUUCCUACAUAACGGCAACAAGGCGAUCAUGGGAUUGUGUUCGCACUAUAUAUGCCGCGUUUAUACGAGAAAUCGCGAGAACCUGUAAAAAGGAAUGCGAGUCUACAGCCGUUCGUUUAUAGCAAUUUCAGACCGCCGUAAAUCGCGCCGGAAUGUUGUUGCGCGCGGUUUAUCGGCAAAUGUUGAAUCAAGUGAGAGCCGGAAUGCGUUUCGGCGGAGAGAUAAAAUUUGUGAGAAAAAGAAAGAAUACAUAUAAUUUUUUUUUUUUUUUUCUAAGCGAAUUAUUACGGCGCGCGUGUUGAAAAUUUCGCGCGAUCGUGGUGUCUCUUUGACAUGCAAAAGACCUGUCGGAACUUUCAAAGGCGGGAAGUAAAGUUUCGAGCGCGAGAGUUUAUCAUUAAUUCUCGCAACGUGCUACGUCAUGUCUUAAAAAGAUGACACGUCAUUGCGACAGUACGUAGGAAUACCGUGUGUAUUUAAUUACGUAUACGUGAUAAUAAUACAUCACAUCGAAUAUUUAUUUCUCUGAUUUCUUUUCUCUGCGAUUUUUAAUUAAAAAUCAAUAACCGUUGGGAUCCAAACAACACGGAUAUUUUCUCAAAUACGCACAUACAUACAUCAUUAAUAUUGAUUAAAAACUGCAAACAAGUGCAGGUUAUUAUGAAGUACGAUUAAAAAGUAAUAAGUAAUCAAAACGACCAUUUUGAUCAGGCUCGCUUAUUAACUCGCACAAAUCAACAUGUUUCAUAUAUAAUUAUUAUUAUUGUAUACUUUCAUCAGAUCAGGAUUUUUUUUUUUUUUUUUUAAUAAGGAACACAAUCGAUCGGGCGUUUUUUUUAAUAUAAAACAUCUCAUUGAUACGAUAAAUGCCGAUGCAAAUAGCGAUGCAUAAAAUUCGCAGUUUACAUAAAUCGUUGUUAUUUUUGCUCCAAUUAUUACGCUUUGCAAUAUAAUAGUUAAUAAUUUCCGCCGCAUGGUUAACCGUAUUCGACGUACAAAAAUAUGUAUAUAGCUGAUAUGUCUUUUGCGAUUACGACAGGUGAGCGCGAGGCACUUUACAUUUACAUAUUACGGCGAAGCAGGCUUAGCUUUUCAUUUGCUUUCAAGUGUCGUUGGGCGGCAGUAUGUUUUGCGACUUAUCGAGGACAUAUCUCCGAUAUUUACGGCGGUGUUGGCCGAGCGAGAAUUGUACAUAUACCCUGUAUAUACCUGCGUUGUAAUGUAUAAUAAUAAAUUGCUCGAGGGGACAAAGGACUUCGUAUCCCGGAAGUCUCGUGCGUGAUUAAACGGACGCGGGUUGUCAAUUUCGCAUCCGACAGGAAGAUAGCGGAAGUAUUUAGCCAUACAUUGUGGAAGUGUUCAAAUGGCGCGUCUCGAGAUAAGUAUCGGGGACACUGCCAAUACAGGUAAAUAAGAAAUACAUACAUUGAUGCGAAAGCGCGCCCCCGUAAAUCCAUUCUCGCGAGGCGCGCGAGAUGUAGUUAUUAAAAAAAAAAAAAAAAUAAAAAAAAGACGAUAUACUCGGUGUUAGCUUUCAGUUGUAACGAGCUUGUGGACACACACAGACAGAUACACACACACACACAGUAAAAAUGUCGGAAAUACGAAAACAAGUAUAUGUACCUCUACUGCCUGUUUUUAGGACGGUAAUCGCGCGAGUGAUUUCUCGCCGUCUUACGACGACGAAGAAUCGCACGUGCUGUUCCGCUCUAUCGAGAGAUAUCGAGAAACUUACGAGAAAAAGAUUAUGUUCUUAUGUGUAUGGCCUAAUGUAUAUAUCUCGCGAUUUUAGUAAUAAA